GGAUACGGAGAGGGAGAAGAAUUUUGGAUCCGAAAGGCACUUUUAAUAUGCAAAAUGAAAUAGCACUAGCACUAGCGCCCUAGUCUUCUUCCGGAGCGGAUGGAGCUCUAGUCACAGACUGCAAUGACUUAUUUUCUUUGAGGUAGUCAAGUCCUGUUGUCUUUUCAAUUGACUAGUUGUUGAUCAUUUAGUUCUGAUUUCGGUGAAUUCAAGAUGUCAGACGGUAUUACCCUUCAUGCCGCGCCUGAGCUUCAAAAGAAAAAGAAGAAGAGCACAACAAAGGCGCCAGCCAGCGGCGACCUGAAGAAAAAGGGCGGUGCAAAGGGUGGAGGUGGAGGAGGGGAAGAGGACGAGGACUACUUGGAGGAGUUGGCCGAACAGGAGCGCGUGCUCGCCCUGCAGCGUGCAGACGCCAAGCGUCGCGAGAGCCGCAGUGUGCAUGACGUCGACUAUGUCGUCCCGGCGGCUGCCACCAAGAAGGACAUCGACCUCCUCCACAACAUCGACGAGGAGAAGAUGCAACAACUCCGCGAUGCAUUCUUUAUGUUUGAUUUUGAUCAUGACGGAGUGAUAGGCAAGAACGACCUGAGAGUAACACUGCAAACCAUGGGCAAGGACGACAUUUCAGAGGAGGAACUCGAUACUAUGUUAUCAGAGGCUCUGCACCCGUUGGACUUUGACGCGUUUGUCGUGCUGCUCGGUUGCAAAACCAUUGAGCUGGACCCGGAGGAGGUGAUAAGGGACGCCCUGUCACGCUGGGACUACGACGGAUCUGGCAAAAUUAACGAACAAAGGAUAAAGCACGACUUAAUGACAUGGGGAGACAAGUUCACCCAAGAAGAGGUUGACAUAGCCUUGGAAGACGCUCCAGUACACGAGGACUUUCGAGAAACGCCCGAUCAGAGAAUGAUCGACUAUGUACAAUUUUGUAAAAUUUUGUGCGGCUUACGGGCGAAAACUGAAUAAAUGGGUUCAAUAUAAGAAACAAAACGCAUUUCCACAAUAGGGGAGGAAGAGAGAGUUGAAGAAUAAUAUAGAAAACGGUUCUUUUGGAAUGUGGGGGCGUUAAAACGUCGAGAAGUAAUCAAAUUUGGGCACCUUAAUGUUUUUGGAAAGUAAUAAUUUUCUUACUGAUGGUAGUAGAGCCACAAAAGUGGAAAAGCUGGACGAAGGGACUACCAUAGAAUAAAAAUUUAAACAAAACUCAUAAUCAAAAAUGUUGUGGAUUUCUAGUCACAAGAUGGUGCAAUAAAUAAAAUAGAAUUCAAGUGCAACCAGUUUUGAUUUUUACAAAAAUCAUAUCAUGGAAGAAUGUGUAACAUAAAAUGGAAAAAUGACAAAAAGUAAAAUCAUUGAUGAUUAUGCCUAUUAUUAGAAUUAGUGCAAAAUCCAGAGCAUGAAUGGAAGUGAAUCGCAUUAGGCUCAAGUUGGGGAUGAAUAAAAUCUAUUUUUAGUAAAAUAUGUUGAAAAUGAGAUUAUAGGGUAUAAGAUUAGUGUGAAUAAAACUGCACAUCAUGUUGUA